AUGGACACUAACUAUAGUGACAAAUCGAUGUAUUUUCGCGUCGCCGAUUUUAGUCCACUACCAAAGCGAAUGCUAGCACCCAUCGAAGGCUAUGAAAAUAUGCCACUUGUAUCUAUUGAAGAUGCAGUAAAACCUCUCGUUAGCAUCGUACCAAAAGUCGAACGUAAUCUAUACAUCGUCAAACAGAACUGUAAAAACCCAGCAGAUGGCUUAACAACUGAUGAAUCUGCUUCAAUUAUGCUCUAUACGUACGAAUCAAUACCACAUGAAAACUCUCUUUAUGUUAUUCUCAACGAAACAUUACGUUCGGAAGAAAGACAGAAACUGAUUCCUUGGUUUUCAUAUUUACGACUUGUAUUGACAGCAGUGGCUCGUCUACCGUCCGACCGACAUUUCGUUAAUCGAGGAAUCCGAAAAGACUUACGUGCAGACUAUCCAAAAGGCAGCACUUUUAUAUGGUGGGGAUUUUCAUCUUGUACGUCAUCUGUCGAGGUGCUGGAAGCUGAAAUGUUUUUGGGCAAAGCUGGAACCCGUACUUUAUUUCAAAUCGAUUGUCAUACGGGAAAGAAUAUUAAAAAUCAUUCAUUUUUGCCAAAGGAAGAUGAGAUUCUCUUGCUUCCUGGCAGACAAUUUCAAGUUAAAUCAUGUCUCGAUUCUGGCAACGAACUCCAUAUAANAAAAAUAAAACAGUUGUAA